AGCAAGAAGAAGCACAUUCAACAAACCAGAUAUUGGAAGCGACCAUGAUUUGGUAAUGAUGACUUUAAAAGUGAAGCUGAAAGCAAAUUAGAUGGGAAAGACCAAAACAUAUUUUGAUCUUGAGAAACUGAAAGAUCCGGAAAUAGCAGCAGCAUUCCAAGAAGAACUAGCUGGUAAAUUUGUACCACUCCUACGUUUAGAUUUCAUUUCUCAAGAACUAUGUGACGAGUUUACUAACACGUUGGGAAAAGUUGCAGAAGAGAAGGUCGGAAAGUCAAAGAAGGUCAAGAAGUCAUAGAUUACACCUGAGGUACUUAGUUAAUUAAAUAAUUAAUUAAUUAAGACGUGUGAGGAGAGAAGGGAAAAGAAGAGGAAGAAGAAAAUAGGUGAUAAUGAGGUGGCAGAGCACAGAACAUCAAAUACAAGAGCAAGAAAAGCACUUACUUAGGCCAAAAACAAGUGGAUUGAAAACCAAACGAAAGAAAUUGAAGAUAAACUUAACAAACAUAACACGUGGAAGGCCUAGUUAUGAGGCUGUAAAGUAGCUAAAUGGUAGGAAUGAAACCAAGCGGAAGCAAGCAAGUGUAACUGAAGAUGCAGAUGGGAGGUUGCUGACGAGAACUGAAGUUAUCUUAGAGAUAUGGAGAAGCUGUUGUGAAGAAGUACAACUAUGAGAUACAGAAGGAUGCCAUCAAAGAACUGAAACAGAACAACUCACCUGUUGCAGAUUGCAUCUUCGCGGAGUUAACCCAAGUUGGAGCUAAGGCCACAGCACAGGUACGGUUUACACAAGUUUGGCAGUGAAAUCUUUUAAGAUUAAAAGAACUAAAAUCAUUGGUAAAAGAAUUAGCUCACGAAUUAAAAUCUGCAUGAUGGAGCAAGGUCUAAAGUGAUGGUUGAUGAUCGAUUCAGUGAAUGAUUGGUGAAAGACAAGACAAGGAUGUCUACUCUCUCCAGCUUUAUUCAACCUGUUUUUGUAGAUGAUUAUGGAGGAUGCUCUACAUGAAUACCAAGGAGAAGUGAGAUGUGCAGGAAGAAGAAUAAAAGACCUACGAUUUGCUGAUGACAUUGAUAUUUUGAAAGAAAGCGAAGAAGGAUUACAGGACAUUAUAAGAAGACUGGAAGAAUCAUCUAGGAGGUAAUAUGGGAUAUGGAAACAUAUGCAGAAAAUAGCGAAGCAAUGACUGUUGGUAAGAGUUAAGAUAUGGGGCACGACGUGGUGGACGUGAUGAUCAAAGGCGUAAGAUUAAAGCAAGAACUUCGCUUACCUAGGACCGAAGAUACUAGUAUUAUAACUGUAAAUCAGAGGUGGAAUGCGAGUAAGGAUUGGAAGGGCCACUAGUGUGGACAGCACCUGGGGUGCAAAGAACAUAAAGAUGGACAACAAACUGCAUGUUGUUGAUGAGAUCUUUGGUAGUUGCAACUCUGCUCUACGCAUGAAUAUAAAAAAUGAACAACGAUGAACAAUGAAUGGGUUAAGGCAGGGCUGGGUUCCAGAAUUUGUGGGCAUAUGGGCACAAGAUGGAAGGAUUUGUUAAGAUUGUGAAGAAGAGUAAGUUCAAGUUUUUUUGGGCAUACAGUACGAGAAAGAGGAAUGGUGAGUGCAGUGAUGGAAGGUGGAAUGCAAGGACAGCCAGCAAGAGGGAGACCCCGAACAAACUGGAUGUUAAAUUUGAAAGAAUGGAGUGGAGAAAGUGGGGCUGAGUUAAGUAAAAAGGCGAAGAACCUGGAUGGCUGGAGACAUGCUGGUAAUACUUGGGUGCACCAAUGGCCUAAUCGGCUACGAACCAGCUGAGUGAAAAUUAAAGGAUCCCCUUCUCAUCUUGGGAAAUCGGGUUUAUUGCCUGGUUUUUAAAUCAUAUGGCGAUUUAACGACAAGCAUUUUCUAACCAGUCAAGUUGGCAGCCGAGCGAGCACGAUGUCUCUUCGAGGUAAAUAUGGAAUGAGUCCCCUUCUGAAGAUGCUACUGAGACACAGAAAGAAGAAAUGUUUUUUCAUUGCCUUCGCUUUCUGCUGUGGAAUCCUUGUUCUCUUGUACAUAUGGGACUAUUAUGGGUUAUCAGACGUCCUGUAUGAGACAUCGUUUUCUGACUUUGCAUGGCCUUUAAAUAUAAAUCUUGCAGAGGCUGUUAGAAAGAUACAGAAUAACGAGAAACUUGACAUUGCGCAAAUUAAUCCAUUUCCGUUCAAAAUACGUAUGCAGAAUGAAAACCUGUGCAAGGAUGUGAUAGUGAAAAACUCAGCUAUCUUUGUAUUGAUUGUGGUUAAAUCAGCCUGCUGGAGCUUUGAGAGUAGACAUAUCAUAAGAAAAAGCUGGGGUAAUGAGAAGACGAUAAGCGUGAAUCACUCCGGCACAGAGUACCAACUAGUAACAAAAAGAGUUUUCCUCAUUGGCCAUUCCUCAUCAUUGGACAGUCAGUAUUUACUCAGAGAGGAAUACCAGAUGUACAAGGACCUCAUACAAGGUGAUUUUGAGGAUGGAUAUUUCAACAAUACAUAUAAAACAAUGAUGGCUUUUUCGUAUGCAUCUCUUCACUGUCAUAAUGCUCACUUUGCAUUUUUCGUGGACGAGGACUUUUACAUAUCUAAACGAAACACAGCACAGUUUCUUGCCUCUCUCCCUGCAACAAGUGCACAGAAUUUAUACAUAGGCUUUUCAUUAUUUACUAAUACCAGAGUUAAUAGGAACAAAAAACACAAAAGGUAUGUACCACUAGCAGAGUACCCAUACAGUAGAAUCCCUCCAUAUGUAUAUGCCGGAGCAUACAUUCUCUCUAUGAAAAAUAUUAGGGACAUGUCUGUAGCAAUGCAUUAUGUGAAAUUCUUUAGAAUGGACGAUGUGUACCUUGGGUUGAUAGCAUACAGACUUGGAAUUACAAUCUCAGAUGGCGGUAAGAGGUUUUUGAUGGAAUUUUAUACCUCCAGCGAUGUAGUCAAUUCUCAUGUUAUCGCUUCGCAUGGAUUUAGAGGCAAAAUGUCGCUGAUGCGGGAGUUUUGGGACUUGGCAGCAGAGACGUAAAAUUGGAUGUGGACAGUUUUAUUUCUAUGGACAGAUGCAAUAUGUCUGGAUAUACAGUUAUUACCUGCAUCUGUUAUUGUUGUUGUUUGUGUUUGUGUUACAUUAUGAAACAUUGUAACAAAAUUGACAAAAGAAAAACAUUUUGUGCUCUUUUAUCAUUAGAAUGGUUUUAGACUCUUAUCACUGCUUCUAACACUUAUGUCAUUUACAUGCAUGUAUGUUUUCCAUACGAAUGAGGUAACUCCAUCUGGUGACCAGUACAAUACCCAGAAGGGGUAUCGUCUCUCUCAUCCUCUAGUCAAAUAUUGAAAACAGUGUGAGUAUUAGAAAUACAUUGGUGCAGAUUCAAUUAAUUAUAAGUUACUAUUACUAAUACCUGUGUACACCGUUCAUCUUUUUGUGAACUAAGUACGCUCUCAUUCAGAGCAUUUCUUGCAGGGCAUGCAAUUUCACAUUUUGUCUUUUGUGAAUUUCCUGUUUUCGUAUGCUUUUUAAAGAAUUGAUAUGUCUCGAGUUGAAUGUGUGUUACUUGUUAAUUGUUGGACUUUUAUGUUAAAACUAGAUUCCCUGUGAGUGAGCUUUUUCUCACUCACAUUAAAUAAAUGCAGUUAUAUACUGAAACUUUAUAACAUUGACUCCUACUUUGGUUCAUCAGCUUGUAAGGAAGAUCUGGAUUGACUAAUUUGUUUUGGGAAAAGGUGAGGGGGGCAAAACUCUGUAUAUACAUUCUUAGUAUAUGGACCUCCUGUAUAUUGUUUUAUAUACUGUAUUCAAGAUGUUAGUGUAAUAUUCUGCACUGUUAGUAUAGGGUCACAUUUGUAUUGGAAGCAUAUACUGUGCUCUGAAGUCCUGUAUUAUUACAUAUUGUGUUGCAAGUUGAGGCAUACUUCAUUGCAGAGUUUUAUUCACUGCUUGCAUGCACACACUUGUAAUAAAUUUAUCAAGCAAUAUGAAAGCUCACAAGUACCAUAUUUAGCAGUGCCCUCUUUCAAAUGUAAUGAUGAACAUUUUGGAUGUAAGGUUGUAUAUUUGCAUGUUGUUAGUUUUAAGGGGAAGGAAAUGGAAAUCUCUGUAACUUGCAAAAAUAGGGAUAUGGUUACUUUUAGCUAAGUGUCCAAAAUCAGACAACUUUCAAGGCCAAAUUGAGAAACAUGCCAUAAUGAUACUAGAAGUUCACCUCAGCAGCUUAAAAAGAGAGAUUUAUGAGCUAUUACCGUGUGUGUGUUGAGAUAUAUGGCAUAUAGGACAUAUUUGUUUUAAUGGCCCUCCGUGUCGUGCAAUUUAAGUUUUGCCACAUUUAGUGCUUAAGAGAUUAUAAACUAAAGGUAGUGACCUAUGAAGGUCUGAUGGCAAGAUUUCAGAAUAAUUGUGAUCAUUGCUGUUUUGGUGGUAAAAUAGAAUUUAUGAAAAUUUGAUGUGCUGUUUUCCAUAUAUAUAUUGUGGAAUUUUGAAGAGUUGUUAUCGUAUUAGCAUUUUUGUAUUUGGCAGGGAACAAAUUAUUCAACAGGAAACUGUCAGACACAGAUAGUAUUAAUUGAUUGAUUUUUUAAGAACUACUUUAUUAUGUAGUUAAUUAAGAAGUUUAAAUUGUUUAUCUCUGGAUUAUUAGCAUGGGGGAAGUGGACAGUAUUUAUGAAAGUUCUAGUCCUUAUGAUAAUUGAAGAGUAAAUCCAACAGCAGCGUUUUAGACAGCUCAUACUGUUAAAACCCUGCCUUAAUUUUAAGAAAUCCCACUGGUACUUAAAAGUACAAUCUAGUCUAUGAGAAUGUUAUUUUAAUUUUCCCUGUACCUAAGAAAAAAAUAUUGCCAGUUGCAUUAACUUUCUCAAAUAUAUCCCAGAAAGUUAACAGAAUUGAGUAUUUCAUGUAUAAUUGUAAUUUGCAUUACUUAAAAAUAUUAGUUUGAAGUGGGUUAUGUGAUAGUUUGAAGUUGUGGAGUAUUAUUCUGAAGUGGGACACUAUCUUGCAUCUCAAGCAAAAACCUGUAUGUCCAACAUUCCUUGCAAUUUUAUAAUCAAUAAAAUAAAUG